AUGGCAAUACGGCAUUUUAGGCGAAGAGAUAUUCCUGAGGAGGUAGCUAGCUCUUCAAGCGAAUCUUCGGGCGAUGAACAGCCUGAAGACCAGAGCGAUGAGCAUACCGAUGAGCAUACCGAUGAGCAUAAUGAUGAGCACAACGAUGAGCACGACAAUGCGCAUAAUCAAAGAAAACUUCAUGAAAAGGAAUUUCAAACUGGGCCGGUCUCCGUUCAAUCGUCACAUAAUCCAGGAAUAUCCUCACCGGAAGUUGGCGUUGGUUCUGGCAGCACCGAAUCUGCUGCGAGAUUCGUCAUCCCGGAAGAAACGUCAGACUCACCGGGAAAUAAUUCCGAUGACCAAAAAGUAGAAGGCAGUGACGAGACUGAAGAAUCUUCAUCCAGUGAUGACGAGUACGUCCUUCACAAGCCUGUAUUUUUAAAACGGCCUCAAGGAAAGACCGGCAAUGUAUCCACAGCUUCAGUUCGAGCGUUGAACACCGAUAAAGACGUCCUCUUAGCCAAGAUACAGGAGGACCACAAGAGAGUUGACAAGAACAAAGAACUGAUCUCUUUGAGAAAAGACAAUAUUACUUCUAAUCAAGACUUACUGGCAAACAUUCUGGCUCUCGACGAUGAUGACAGUCAGGAACCGGACAAAGAACAUCUAUUAUGGGAAGAAAGACAGAAGCAGCGAGCUUUGAGACAGCGGCGUCUGGAAGAAAAGAAACAGGCAGAGCUUGAGGAUUAUGAAAGUGCCAAAUUGGCCAAUGCCUCUGUUUUUGACUCUGAAAGUAUAGAAAGAGCCAAUAAGCCAACGAAAAGUGCUCUUAAAACAAAUCCUGCCAUUCUCAAUGCCUCGAGUUCUACAGUACUUCACAAUAGCGAGGCUGAGAAGCGCAAGGCCGAUCAACAACGGCAUAAAGUGAAGAAAUCACGGAAAUACAAUCCUCAGCCUUUACGUAGGACAGAAGCGAAACUGCAGUCGGGACCCUUUCAAGCACAAGCUCAAGAUGAACAGAAUGAAUACUCGGUGAUUUAG